AUGGUAUUUGAAUUGACUGAAAAAUUCAAUUCUUUGAAAUCGGAUACUUCUGGAGUGGACAUCAAAAUUUAUUGGAUUGGUCUAAAUGAGGAUUUGCGCCAAUUUGAUGUCCCGGAAAAGAAAUCGGCAGUAAAACCAGCGCCAGCAAAAGGUACCACAUUACCGUAUCGGCCGAAGCCUUCGUUCAAUCCGGCUCUGGUUGCCAGUUCAGCAGCUGCUGCGGCUGCCUCUCUACUGCAGCAACAGCCGUAUUCAUCGUUACUUAAUACCUUGGAUGUUAGUUCUUAA